AUGUCGCUUGCAUCAGCGGUCAAUGCCGUGCGAGGCUCGGAACGAUACGUGCUGGGUGGUUUCCUGGUGAUCCUGCUUGGUCUGCUGCUGCUCUCAACCCGCAAUGUUGCUCCCGCGCCGCCUUCCACUUCUUCGACCGGCGAGUGCCCUCCUGGGAGCAGCCGCCUUCUUGCCGCCGCGCCCGCUUCACUGGCGGCUGAAGCUGCAGCUGCUGCUCCAAUGCAGAGACUGACGCCGAAUGCUGCCCUCAUCGCGACAAUGAACGAGCACGUUCACAAUGAUGACUUGCUGCUCGAGGAUGGCAUGAUCCAGACCUCGUUCUCCAACAAGGGCGGGCUCCAGUGCGUGCCCUCGCCGACGACCUCGCAGUUCAAGUGGGAAGCGCCCAUCGGCACGUUGAAGAUCUACGUGUACAAGGAAAUGAUGAAGGUCAUGGAGCCGCACAAGUGCCUGCAAACAGUCACACCAAUGUGGCUCGAAGAGGUGGAGCUGCCGUCAUGGGUCGUCAAGUCCAUCCACUACACCAACAACCCAGACGAAGCUCACAUGUUUUUCAUCCCGGCCAUGGUGCGUUGCAUACUCGACUUCAACCGCACGCAGUUUCAUCUGACGAGCGAGUUUACCGAAAUGGUCGACGUCCUCCACACCAAGCACGACUACUAUCGGCGCAAUCACGGUCACGAUCACUUUAUCAUCAAUCCGGGCGGUGGUUCCAUGAACGUGAUCAGUUCGCUCCUCGCGGGAGAAUUGCAUCCCGUGGCAGCCAACGAUUGGUACUCGAACGCGACCAAGCUCCUGUCAGAAGCCGCUCGCUCACGCGCCUACUUUUCAGGCUUGGACUUUGUCAUCCCGGGCAGUGCCGACUACAUUUUCGGAAAGUUUAUGGAUGUGAGUCAAAAAAUCGAGGAAGAGCGGCCCAUGCUCUUCCUGUAUCUUGGCGGCACAUCGUUGGGCGAUCAACGCCAGGCGUUGGGUCGCUUACGAAAGCUUGUGCAAGGCGACUCGGAGCAGGCCGCGUUCUUCCGGGACAAGGUGCUCAUUGCCAACAAGAUCGACGACCCUGUGCCCGAGCUCUACUCGUUGCGGAUUCAGAACUUUACCUUUUGCGCCGCACCACACGGAACCUCGCCUUGGACGCAGCGCUUUUACGACUCGCUCAUUUCAGGAUGCAUUCCGGUGCAGUUUGACCGUCGAUUCCGCUUUGGCUUUUACGACCACAUUGACUGGGAUUCGAUUGUGGUUCGCUAUCCCACCUCGCAGCUCGACUCGUUCUCCUUCCUCGAGUAUCUCUAUAAGCUCAGCCUGGAUGAGGAUUUCAUUCGCGAGCGGCGAAGGCAAAUCGCCGCGGUUGCCCACUUGUUCUACUACGGCGAAUCUUCCAAGGCGCUUCAAACCACGGCUGCUGCACUCUCCGACCCAGAUCCAGUCGUCCGACGGGAAGCGUAUCACCUCAAUGCCUACAGCAUGACUAUUCGAGAGCUUGCAGAUCGCUAUUGCACGUUGCGAAUGGACGGCCACGUUCAGUAG